AUGACAAAGAAAUAUUCUUCAACCGACCUUAAACUGUCGAAAUUACUUCAUCGAGAUUUAAAUUCUCCUCCAAUAGUCAUUGAUCAUGCCAAUGGGAAUAAUUUAUUCACUCAAGAUCAUCAUCAAUUAUUUGAUAGUGUUGGUGGUGCGGCAGUAAUAUCUGUUGGUCAUAAUAAUAAAGAAGUCAUUGACGCCAUUACCACUCAAUUACAAAAAGUUUCUUAUUUACACACAGGAGAAUUCACUGUCCCCAUUGCUGAAGAAUUAGCUCAUGAAUUAAUUAAUAACUUGGAUAGUAGUAGUGGUUAUAGUGGUGGUGAUGUUGAUCCGAGUAAAAAGAUUGCAAAAGUUUAUUUUGCCAAUUCUGGAAGUGAAGCCAAUGAAGCAGCAAUUAAAUUAGUAAUGCAAUAUUUUUAUGAACAAGGUAAACACACAAAGACGCAAUUUAUAUCUCGACAUCAAUCAUAUCAUGGUAAUUGUCUUGGUGGGAUGAGUUUAUCAGGACAUAUAGCUAGAAGAAAACCAUAUGAAUCAAUUAUUGAUCAAUCAAGAUUUCAUAAAGUUGAUCCAUGUUAUGAAUUUAGAUAUAAACAAUCAAAUGAUGAAUCAAAUGAAUCAAGUGAUCAAUAUGUUAAAAGAUUACUUGAACAAUUGGAAAACAAAAUAUUACAAAUUGGUCCUGAAAAUGUGGCUGCAUUUUUCGCUGAAACUAUAGUUGGGGCAACUACUGGUUGUGUACCAGCAACACCAGGAUAUUUCAAAGGAGUUCGAGAAAUUUGUGAUAAAUAUGAUAUCUUGUUAGUACUUGAUGAAAUUAUGUGUGGAUCAGGUAGAACAGGGACUUUUUUUGCUUGGCAACAAGAACAAGAAGGAGAAGAACAAGGCGGAAAAUCUAUUAUACCUGAUAUAACUACUUGUGGUAAAGCCAUUACUAGUGGUUAUUGUCCAUUAUCAUGUGUUUUUUUCAAUAAAAAAAUUCUUGAUGUUUUAUCUAAUGGUUCAAGUUGUUUUAAUUGUGGUCAUACUUAUCAAAGUUUCCCUAUUGCAUGUGCAGCAGCUCAUGCGGUUCAAAAAAUCAUUAAACGAGAUAAUUUAUUAGAUAAUGUUGUUAAAAUGGGGGUCAUUUUACAAGAAUUAUUAAUGAUGAAAAUUGAUCCAUUGGAAAUUGUUGCAAAUAUUCGUGGACGAGGAUUAUUUUGGGGAAUUGAAUUUUGUAAAAAUAAAUCAACUCUAGAACCGUUUAAUCCUUCUUGUAAUGUUAGUAUAAAGAUUGGAGAAUAUACUAAAAGAAAUGGAGUUGUUGUUUAUCCUGGAAAGGGAACAAUAGACGGAAUUAAGGGGGAUCAUAUACUUAUUGCUCCAAGUUUUACCAUUACUAAAGAGGAAAUUGAAUUUAUUGUUGAUAUUGUUGCUAAAUCAAUUAAAGAAUUUAUAGCUAAUGAAGUUGAUCUUUUCAAAUAA